GUAACUCCGACCAGGCUCAGAAAUCACUUGACUUAACUCGGCUGCACUUCUUUCUGCUUGUGUGUAAUUACUCUAGCAGCCCUCUCUAAAGACGGGGGGCAUUAGAUUUCAUGUCAGCAGAGGGAGUCCAAACGGCCCAGACUGUCAUCUGUUGGAAAUAGUUACUGUGUAGGCUUUUACACUUGAAGGGGGAAACUUUUCAAUAUGCUCUGAAAUGAAAGAAGAACUUUGUGUUUUUAUCCAAGUGCACCGGCAUCUUUUUCUGUGGGGGCAGUCACAGCGGGGAAUGCUUAUUUUCAGAAUCACGACCAGGAAACACUUGGGAAUGUAUUAGAGAAGUACAUGGUUUACACGCGAGGACGGAUCCGCGCGUCCCUCUGUGCUUUGGGGUGACUGGCCCGGGGAAGGAGAUGCCCCAGAGACCCUGGAGCUGUGGUGAUACCGCCGGGACCAUGUCUGCUGUGCCAAGAGGAGGCGGCAGCCACCUGCUGCGCGGUUUGCACACCUGCAGGCCGAGGCUCCCGGAGGACCCGCAGCAGCGAGAAAAAUCUGUCAUUGCUCAACCAAUAUUUGUUUUUGAAAAGAGAGAGCAAUCUUUUAAGAGGCCUGCGGAAGAAACCCUGCACGAAGCAGCGGAACCUGAAUGUAAUGGUUUUUCAAGAAAGCGCAUACGGUCUUCAUCUUUUUGUUUGCAAACUACAGAUUCUCAGUCCCGAGGAGUGAAGAAAAACAAUGUUUUUAUGACACCAACUCUUGUGCAAAGGAGUGUUGACAUGAACAGUGCAGAACAAAGUCCUUUGAAACAUUCUGAACAUGUCCUAAGACCUGCUAUUUUGCAGCCACCUCGAGCUCAAAGUUGUGAAAAGGUAAGACACCAUGCAUUGGAACACUGCAAGACUAAAGAACAAACAAAAAAUAAGAUUUCUGAAAAGAACUCUUUGCUAAGUGAAAAUUUGCCAAAUGCUGGAAUUUCAAUCCAGCUGUCUACCAACCAGAUUCUUUUGGGUGCUGCAUCAGUAGGAUGUCAACCAAAUGAAGAUAAGUAUUCUUUUAAAAGCUGCAGUUCUAACUUCGUUUUUGGAGAAAACAUGGUAGAGAGAGUUUUGGGUAUGCAAAAACUCACCCAGCCUCAACUUGAAAAUGACUCCUAUGCCAAGGAAAAGCCAUUCAAAUACACUCUAAAAUUUCCUAUCAACUCUCCAAACUCAAGAACAGACACUAUUAAAAAUAUAUCCCUGAUUGAAUCAGCUGCUGCUCUCUCUUCCAAAUCAUCACCAAAAUACUUGCUGAAGAAAAUUGAUGUAAUAACAGGGGAAGAAGCGGAAUAUAAUGUGUUAAAGGUCAACUGCAAGCUUUUUGUGUUCAACAAAACCACCCGGUCCUGGACUGAAAGGGGCCGGGGAGCGCUGAGGCUGAAUGACACAGCUGGCAGUGACCGGGGGGCCUUCCAGUCAAGACUAAUUAUGCGCAAUCAAGGCAGCCUGAGGCUGAUUCUCAAUAGCAAACUCUGGACUCAAAUGGAAAUUCAAAGAGCGAACCACCAAAAUUUACGAAUAACAGCUACUGAUUUAGAAGACUGUAGCAUCAAAGUGUUUUUAAUUCAGGCCAGUGCCAAAGACACAGAAUCGCUGUAUGCAGCCAUACAUCACCGUCUUGUUGCUCUUCGAAGCUUCGAGAAGCAGAAAGACGUCAAUCAAGCUGAGAGCCAGGCAGAAGCAACUCUCCCACAACUAAACUGCGACAGCUGUGAUGAGGAUGAGGAUGGUUUCACCCAAGGCACUAAAAAUAGAUCAGAUCCUUCUAGGUGGACCCACCGACAGUCAGUUGCCUGUUCAUGAGUGCCACCUACUAUAACAUGACGACAUCUACACAAAGAUUGGUCACCAACUGAAAAUACUAAGCCGUCUUCACUAAACGAGAAGAUCCUUUUCAUCCCUUGAAGAGUUUUAAUAGAAAAGUUCAUGAAAUAUAUUUGUUGCAAUUGAAGUUUUUCUCUUAUGUAGUCUGGUAAUUCUGAGGUCUUACAUUUUGAUUAUUGUUGAGAAAAUGACAGAAUUUAAGAAAUACAUGGACUUUGGAAGUUCAAAAUGUGUCAUUUUUGGAGAAGUUAACUUAGAAUAGGAUUUGAUAACUAAUUUGGACUAUUCAUCACAUUGAUGGAUAUAAUAGUUAAAAUGAUAAAUUCCUGGAUUUGAUAAAUAGCUAAGUAAAAUCUUUAUUUUUUCAGUCAUGCAUUGUGUGGCCAUAAAACAAAUAUUUUAUAAUAUUUCCAGUCAUUUCUUUGAAAACCACUCUAACUGCAUAACAUUUCAUUAAAACAUGUUUUUCUUCUGAGACACGUGUAUUUUCAUUUAGCCUUUGGACUUCCUAAUACUGUAAGAUUAUGUACUCAUGUAUUCCUUUAAAGAGAAUAUUUGUUCUUAGACGCGUAUCCACUGUACCUUGUAUAUUCUUGACUGACAGCCAGCCUCCAAUAGUUGUUGAAGGAAUGUAUAAAAUACAUUACCUAUGUAUCAAAACAGUAAGUAUACAAAAACUGAAAUAAUUUAACUUGUCCUUUGCUUUAUUUAUGUAAUUGUCAUUACUAUUUGAGUGGGUGUGGCUGUAUAGAGACCUUUUUAAAACAAAUAUAUCACAAAUAGCCAAAUGAAAUUUUUCUCAAAAAUUCAACAGUAAUUUCAACAAUCAUGCAAGCGAGUUUUGAUGCCCCUCUUUCAAUUUUUGUUUCAGAGACACUUAAUGUGUCACACAAGAAAAUUAGUCUCAGUACUUAGAGCCAUAUUUCAUUUUCCAGUCCAGUUUGAUCAUCCCUGGCUUAAAAAUGACUUUAGAUUGUGACCCCUAAACAAUUCCCGUUAGCAGCAUCUUAGUCUGCUCCGUCUGCCAUAACAAAAUACCACGCACUGGGCUGAAACAACAGAACUUCAUUACUUCUCACAGUUCUGGAGGCUGGCAGGGUGGGUUCAUUCUGAGGCCUCUUCUCUUGGCUUGGAGGGGGCCACCAUCUCAUUGUGUGCUCCCGUGGUCUCUUCUUGUGGGAGCAUGGCAGAGAGAGAGAGAGAGAGAGAGAGAGGGAGAAAGCUCUCUGGGGUCUCUUCUAUAAUCUCAUCAGACCAGGCUCCCCCCACUCAUGCCCUCAUCUAACCCUAAUUACCUCCCAAAGCCCCAUCUCCAAAUACUAUCAUAUCGGUGGGUGGGAGGGGUAGAGCUUCAACAUAUGAAUUUCUUGAGAACAUUCAGUGUAUAACCAGGGAAUAAGAGUUACAACUCCAAAAUGA